GCUUGCCACGCGUACCGGGUUUUGAACAUCUCCCCUUCGUUGACUCUCUACCUCCACUGACAUGGGCGUCCGCGCGUGGAGUCUCUAGACAAGCCUUGUGCGUGCCAGUGGACGCUGGGAUCAGACAUGCUCGAGGCGCGCAGGUUCUUGGCAAUUAUACUAGCAUUAGUCUCGCUUCUAUGCCUAGGAGGACUCUGGGGUGCUCGCUACCCAUAUUCGACUCCUGGUGUGGUGCCCUUGGUACCGGUUCCAGUAAACGAGCAAAACCGCUGCCCGACAAUCAGCGAGCUACAAGAUCACAUCACGCUGCCGAACACUUUCCAGUAUGGCUUCCGAAAGAUCAGAAGCAGGACUGCAGAGACGCCUUCCACGCAGGGAUCUAUUGUCAGGCUGGAUCAACAGGACUUGAUGCCAGAAUUGGUCACUUUCGACACUGAGACGUGUUCUACCUUGGAGAAUAGUGAUCCCUGGGGUCACGGCGAAGAUGAAAUCAUCGUGGACUCUUUUCCUGCAACUGCAUAUAACGUGGAUCAUUCAACACUCUUGCUUGGUGUCUCUACAUCCCUUGAGCGCCUAGAAAAUGCCAUGCCACAGCUGACGCAAUGGCUGAGCGGAACCAACGCCUCUCUGGUGGUCAAUGUUGCCGACAGUGAUGGCAACGACGGCAACAUGAGCAUAAUCCAGGACAAGAUGAUGAGUUUGGGGAUCGAAGUCACUCUGCUACCGAAUGCGGACGAUGCUCAGCCAAAUGGCAGGAGAAAGCCUGACCGCCAUGGUCAAAGACACUUCAGUAUUGUAAAGCAGCUACAGCGGCAGCGAGGACCACACCACAAAUGGUUCGGGAUCAUUGACGAUGAUACGUUCUUCCCUUCCUUGUCAGCUGUUAUUACUGCACUGCAAAAGUACGACCCUGAGCAGCCACACUAUAUCGGCGGUUUGUCAGAAGACUUGAAUACUAUGAAAAUGGAAUUUGGGUACAUGGCAUAUGGUGGGGCAGGUAUCUUCAUCUCUGGACCACUUCUCGACACGCUUCUGGAGCACUUCGACGAGUGUGUGAACCUAGAAAACGAAGGAGACAUGAUCUAUCGAGAGUGCGUGUACAGAUACACGUAUCCACCCGUACAGUUGACCGUACUGCCUGGCCUGCACCAGCUGGACUUUCGAGGAGAUGCGAGUGGGUGGUAUGAAGCCGGACCCCAUCCGCUUUUGAGCUUGCAUCACUGGAACAGUAAAUGGUUCUACCUAUAUCCCAUCCACUACGGGUACCUCGUCUCGAAGACCUGCGGUGAACCAUGUUUUCUGCAAAGAUAUCGCUUUGCAGAUGACGCGAUCCUCACAAACGGGUACAGUGUGGCGCAAUAUCCAGGAGGUGUUGACCACUUGGAGCUGGAGCGUGUAGAGGCGACUUUCAUGCACGACGCGAAAGAUCCCGACCAGUGGGAAUUCAGCUUAGGCAGACUUCGGCCCCGGCUGAAAGCCAGUGAGAAAAUCAGUUGGCGUCUGGAGUAUGCCGUGGAAGAGCAGGAUGGGAGGAUUCGUCAAUUCUACAUCUAUCGUGCCGGGAAUGCUGUAUUUGACAGUGAACGGUUGAAGCAGAAUGUCACGGGCGUUCUCGAGCUGGAGUGGAUCAAAUAGCCGA